AUGCGUGUGUUCGUCACUGGAUCGACGGGCUUUGUCGGCUCGUCCGUCGUCAAGGAAUUCCUGUCGACCGGCCACUCGGUCGUUGGCCUCACGCGCAGCGAAAAGGGUGUCGAGCAGCUCAAGGCCCUCGGCGCUGAGGCUGUGAACGGGACCAUUGAGGACGUUGCUCUUCUCGAAGCGACGGCCGCCACGGUGGAUGCCGCUGUCCACCUGGCGUUUGUCCACGAAUUUUCCAAGUUUGCCGAGGCCUGCGCCACAGACCGGGCCGCCAUCACGGCGCUCGGCAAUGGCCUCGUCAAGGCGGGCGGCGGCGCGCAGCGCUCGCUCGUCGUGACGAGUGGCACCAUGCUCCUUGCCUCAAGCAAGCGCGGCGAGGUGCUCACCGAGGCCAGCCCCUUCCAAACAGCCAGCCCGCUGGCAGCUGCCCGCGGCCCCUCUGAGAAGGUCUGCCUCGACUUUGCUAAGAAGGAGAACGGCGGCCUGCGCGCCAGUGUCGUUCGUCUCCCCCCGGUGACACACGGUCCCGGUGGCGUGUCCGGGUUCGCGGGUCACCUGGCGUCCGUUGCUAUCAAGACCGGCAAGUCGGUGUACGUCGGUGACGGCCAAAACCGCUGGUCAGCCGGCCACCGCGACGACGCGGCGCAGCUGUACCGCCUGGCUGCCGAAAAGGCCGAGCCUGGCUCCGUCUUCCACGCGUCCGUCGAGCAGGGCGUGCUGGUCAAGGACAUUGCCACGGCCAUUGGCAAGCAGCUGGGUCUGCCCAUCGAGAGCCUCGAGGGCGACGCGGUAGAUGCACACUUUAACUGGUUUGCCAUCCCCUGCAGAUCCGACAAUGUCGUGUCCAGCCAGGUUACGCAGGAGACGCUGGGCUGGAAGCCGACUCACGUCACGCUCAUGGAGGACCUGCCUGCUAUUGUUGAAUUUGCCAAGACGGCUGCGGCUGCAGAGACCAAAUAG